AUAACCUUUAGAAUCAGUGGGUUAAAGGGAGAGUAGCGGUAAUAGGCCGUAGGGAAGAGCGCCUGGAUAAAUCAGGGUUGGUUUGCUCACUCCAUUCCAGAAAACUACUGUUUUCUGUACUUCAGUCUAAAAAAAACCACACAACCCGAUGAUAAAUGAAGGACAAGGACUGAAAAGGCCACCGCUGACGCGCAGCAGUCGGCUUCGGUGUGUUCAGCGGGGCUUUACUGCCCGUCCCACGAAGUGCCUGUGUCGAAACCGCGACAUGGUUGAGAGACGCCUGCGGGGCGGGAGGGAAGCCUGGUGGUGCUCGAACAAUAACACCAGUCCUCCCACUCUGUGAUGGGGCUGGGGCGGGCUCAGGAGGGGCGUGGAGCUAUUUAGAGCCGAGCGGAGGAGGCCGGCGCUCUUCUUCACGCAGAUCCGGAGGCUGGGCUCAGGCUGUCGCGACGGGAAGCGGCGAGUUGUAUUUGCAGGAAAGGAGAGGACGAGGAGGCGGCGGCCAGUUUGCCUUCAGUCCUAGGCAGAGAGAAGGCAUGAAAGGCUGGAGCUGGCGCUGGCUGAGCAGGGCAAGGCGGCAGCGGGCCACCUGCGGCGAAGUGGCGGGGCGAGGGGCGAGCUGCCGGCGCGCCCCGCUGAGCCUGAGAGUAGACUCGGGUAGCUACUAUGGCCAGCCUUCGCAAAUAUCUCAAGGACCUUUACUUAAGAAGUAUAAAAUUGAGUUAAAAUACAGUACAUUUGUCUCUUUGGCUGAAGCAAGGAGUAAAAUAUCUUUUGCAGAACAACCAUACAGCACUUCACACACAACAGUGGAUUCUAAGGAGAUUAAAAAAUUCCAGCUCUUAGCACACAAGUGGUGGGAUGAGCAAGGAGAAUAUGCAGCCCUUCAUUCUAUGAAUGAUAUCAGAGUGCCCUUUAUUAGAGAUACAGUGUUGAAUAUAAGAAAUGACCACCAGCUGGGAAGCCCUCUGUCUGGUAUGAAGAUCCUAGAUGUUGGCUGUGGUGGUGGAUUAUUAACUGAGCCCCUAGGUAGAUUGGGAGCUUCAGUUACCGGCAUCGAUCCUCUGGAGGACAAUGUAAGAAUAGCAGAACAGCAUAAAUCAUAUGAUCCAAUCCUGGCCAAGAGAAUACAAUACAAAUCCUGUACACUAGAGGAUAUUGUGGAAGAGGCAUCAGAAACAUUUGAUGUUGUUGUAGCUUCCGAAGUAGUGGAACAUGUGGCUGAUGUGGAAAUGUUUAUCAGAUGCUGUGGUGAAGUGUUAAAACCUGAAGGCUCCCUAUUUAUUACUACAAUCAACAAAUCACAGUUGUCUUACUACUUGGGCAUUGUGGUUGCUGAGACAAUAUUGGGCAUUGUUCCAGCAGGCACCCAUGACUGGGAGAAAUUCAUUGCCCCUGAAGAGCUUGAGCGGCUCCUGGAAUCAAAUGGCUUUUUAGUAAAGACAGUGAAAGGCAUGUUGUAUAACCCCCUCUUCAGAUCCUGGAACUGGACUGGAAAUACUAGUAUUAACUAUGCACUCCAUGCUGUGAAAUCCAGUGUGCAAGAAGAAUUGGAGCCAAAGGAAGCACCCUUGAAGACUGAAGAUGCCUGAUAGCUAAUACAUGGUUGUUAAAGUAGCAGGAGAAAGCUGGAGGAACAUCUGCAUAAAUGGCUGUAAUACACCAAUGAAGAACAAGCAGCUUCGUGUUUACAGUGCUGGAGGUUAACAUGUGUCUGCCAGGCUCAGUCUGGUGGGAGAAGAAUUGUUCAUUCUCUACAGCAUCAGAUGUACAAAGCUCUCAAAGAUGAGUUAUACUGAAUAAGAAGUCAAUUGUAUACCUACAGAUUAGAUAUUCUGUGCAGGAAAAAGGCUGGCUAUUUUUUGAAAUGGUUCUUAAAAUGAAUACCUCUGGAAGUCUAAAGGACAAUUAAUCUUGAAAUGAGCUCUGGAGUUUAAAAUGCAACAUUUUGUAUUUGUAAUAUAGCUGAAGCUUUUAUUAUCCAAAUUCAGCAGCUUGUCUAUUUUUAAACUUAGACACGCACCCUCUCUGCUUGUUUCUUUCUUUCCUGGAAUUAACCUACAGUGUUGUGCAUACAUUCAGUGUGAGCACGUGUUGUAUGUGUUUGGGCAAAAUGUGCACAUGCAUUUCUCAUGCCGUUUUCCCCUCAGAUUUCUUUUGUCUAAGAAUUAGGUAUAUGUAAGUGGCCGUUGGUCCUGCUGCAUGUGUUUCAAUUUGUAUUUACACUUUAUGGAUGGGAAUUGCCUAGCAGAAUAUAAGUACUGAUAGACAACGUUGAAACCUUAUCUGGUGAAAAGGGGUUAAAGCCUUUCUGCUUUAACUUGUAGCUAUUUUGCUGGGGCAAACUAUGGUUGGCUAGCCAAUUAUUGAUCCAUUAGAACAUAAGAACAGCCCUGCUGGAUCAGGCCCAACAAUGCCCAUCUAGUCCAGCAUCCUGUUUCUCACAGUGGCACACCAGAUGCUGCUGGAAGCCACAGGCAGGAAUUGAGGGCGUGCCCUCUCUGCUGCCAUUACUCCCCUGCAACUGGUUCUCAGAGCCAUCCUGCCUUUUGAGACUGGAGGUGGCCCACAGCCCUCCGACUAGUAGCCAAAACAUAUGCUAGCACCUUGCUUUGCUUCAACUGUACAUGCACAGUAGCAGUAGUCUGGUUUUGAACUUGGUAUGGUAUCCAGAUUGCAGGUAAGGCUUUGCCCAGUAACAUGGAAAACUUCUCUACUGGACAAUGAUGCCAACUGAUUUAAAGAAAUUUGAGCUGGAAAAUGUUACAGUCCACCCCAACCCACCCCUGCUUUGUGUAUUAGUCUAGUUUGGACACACGCAGCUGCCUGUUGAAAUUAGCAGUAGCUGACUUCCUAGUAAUAACAAAAACAAUGCAACCUUUCUACAUACUUCUGUGGAAAAGAAUGAAGACUUAAAAUCGGCAUUGAGCAAGAUCCAUAGCAUCAUGCCACAAAUGCUUUUUCCUAAAAUAGCACUAACCAACCUUUUUAAAGAAUGAAAAAUAGUUCUCUUAAAUAUAACUAUACAUAUUUUAUGGGAUGAUGUGAUAGUGCUAUUGGUACCUAAUAAUCAGAGGGAUAGAAUGUUUAGCCCUAUGCAUGGCACAGGAGAAUAAAGACCAUCCCUAUCUUUUAAUAGCUUUCAGCACUUAACAAUAGAAGCCUGCAUGUCAAAAUUGUUUUCCAGGUUUAGAACAAGGAAGGGAUGAGUGAAGUCAGUAAACUUGAUGAAGGUUGCAAUCCUGUACACACUUGCCUACACACUAUUAAUCAAAUAAAUAACAAAUAUUAAACUCGAUGGAACUUACUUAUAUGAGGAGACAUGCAUAGCAUUGUGCUGUUCAUGACUGCAUUAUUUUCAUUUGAAUGAAGACUAGGAUUCUGUAUCACUUGAUAAUGCAGAUAUGUGUUGAGAAGAUCUUGUUUCAUGGCACAAGCUGUUCUCAUCUGUGGCAGCAUGGAACAAUGGUUUGUGACAUUUCUGUGGGAAAUGCAGACUAGGGUUGCAUUACUUUGCUGUUGCUGAAUUUCAGUAGUAUUUUAGACUUAUUUCAACUUUUAGACUUAUCUCAUCCAAGCUCCAGGAAAACAAUACUUAUACUAACAGCAGUGAGUGGAGGGGAAGAGGGUGGCUUACUCUAGUUGCCUUAGCAACUGGCACUUAAAGAGGAAACUGCUCUUCUACAUGCACGCUCUAGGACUAGUCACACAGUGCUAUACAUAAGAGGUAUCUGUAAACAUGUACAUGUAUUCACUUAAGAAGUGAACCGAGCAACUAUAUCGCUUGGAUUGGGUAUACUAUUGAACAUGUGUGAAUAACUGUGUGAAUAGCAAUCGUCACAUAAUAGUUGUGAAAUAGGCCCCAGAAGUCUGCCUGUGCUCAGGAAAAAGUGGAAGGGGUGGGUGGGGAGAGGCAUGCUAUCCUUCCAUGCUUUUGCUUACCUUAACUUGAGUAAACUGACUAGAAGUCUUCCGUCUGAAAAGCCGAGGUAGCUAACUCAUCUGCUUCAGACUAGAAAACGGAUAAUACAAUUACUUGAAGAGUCUGGGACGUAGAAUUUCCUUUGAUUAUGUUGAAGAUGUAAGUAAAAUCCAAUGUAAGUAAAAUCCAUCUCGCACAUUCAAUGGCUUCAAACAAAAUAUUUCCCCUUGGAAUCCAGUGUUGAAAGAGGGCAUUAAGGCCUUUAUCUUAAGUGCUAUGUCAGUUUCACUUAAGAAUAGUGAAGUGUGUGCUUUGGCGUGUAAAAAUGGUACUUCUCAUGCUAAGAAACUUUGCAUAAAUGUAUGCAUUUAUGUUUUAAAAUGUAGAACACCAUAGAUAACCAGUAAGAAUGACAAUAGAAGGAACAUAGAUUUCAAUAACAAUAGGUGAAACAAGAAGCUGGACUUCUAUUUCCCUUUUUUUUAUCCCAAACAUUUAGCAAUUCUGGUUGUGCUUUUUGAUCUUAUUGCUGUGUGAAUGUGCAGUUCCUUAUAAGGUCUUCUGGGAUGUACAACAUUGCCAAAUUAACUUGAAUCUAGCCCUCUUCUUUAAGGCAGGGCCAUCUAGCUAUCAGCUGCUUGAAUACAUAAAGCUACCAAAUUUAGGACAUCUUUAUCUCAGUCUGUAGUACCCUGUUAAUGGCUAUUCUAUGUGGUAACCUGUCAGUAUAGUUUAUUGAUUAGGUAAAGUUUUAACCACACAGUGCUAUAACCUGAUUCAGUUGCAUUGCUAAAAAGCAAAUUGUUACAAGAUUAGCACUGAACACAAGCUUGUCUGAAAAGCAGAUUAUAUAAAACGUUCAGGUAUGUUCUAAGCUUACAGGUUAAUUAAGUUACAAUGAUAUUACAAUCUUAACUUUGUAUUAAAAUAGUUUUAUAAAAAAUAUAUAAAUUAUGUAUGUGGUGUCUAUUGAUUUGUUUGUUCUUUUGACUGCAUAACAAAGUUCCCAUAACUAUGA